GAGAGAGAGAGAGAGCUCAUUGGCAGCGUGCUCACCUGAUUUUCAUCUUCUGCCGCAUCAAAGGGUCAUUUCGCCCACGGCGCUGAGAAUGAAGUGAUCUCCCGCACCGCGCCACGUUCACCGUCACAUCUACAUUGACGCUCUUCGCUCACAAGACGACCAUGAAGAACAGCAAACCGAUUGUUCUGGACCGGCGCGAUUUUCAUUCCCUGCUGGAUGUGAUCGGUGGCUUCGGUGCCGUAGUCACCGUGGGGAUCAUUGCCAUGCUGUCGGUGUGCGCCGCGCUCUUCAUUUACCGAUCCUUUAGAGGUCAGCGCGAUAAGGGUGACGAGAAUAACGGGAAUGAAACGAAGGCAGCGUCGGGAGAAGGAAGCACGUCUCGGAGGAGGAAAAGAGAGAGGGAUGAUCGCCCUACCGAGUCAACAGGAGUAUGUCAGGAUGGAAAGCAGAAGAAGUGCAGUGAAUCCACUGACAGCAUGCUCCUUCCUACGGAGGUACCAGAGAAAGACCUGAAUGACAGCACUCUCAAGGACUUGGAGGAGAUCACAGAUGAUCUUCUAACGGACCUGGACCCUGAAAUGGGAGAAAAAACAGAUUCUGAUCUGGAUCAGUGUUUAGAAAUGGAUCCUGAUGAAAUCACGGAGUGUGAGGAAUAUAUUCAGCGUGAGGAUGAUGGUGAUGAUGAUGAUGGUGGUGGUGGGUGUGAGGUUUCGGCUGACGUGAGUGUAGGUUCGACGCAGCCGGACGUCCAACGCGAUUCUGUCAAGAAGGAUACAGAAGAAUAUCUUGACAAGUCUGCGAGUGUAGAGACAGAUGAACCGUCUGAAACUGAAAGCGCUCGGGAGAUCAUUUAUCAGAAACAUCAAGAUCAUGUCAUUACUCAAAGCAAUUCGUCUUCAGUCAAAGCCCGUAAGAUCCAGUUAGAGGAAAACAUCAAGACAUCAACUGUGGAGGAAGUGGACGACACGAGCAAGAAGUUCGAAGACCAUCAUGAUUGGUGUUUUCCACAAACAGAUAAGUUUGAUCGCUGUUGCUGUGAUAAGAAGACAGAUACGGUUGAGAAAAUAAAAGGCCAGCCUUGGGUUGACAGUGAAAGCUAUGCCACAGACACCAUAAACCUGAGCCCGGCUGUGGAAACAAUGGUCAACCACAGCAGCAGGUUUGGCUUCCAGAACUACUCGGGUUUCCAAGCAGAUAAUACGUUCAUUGGUGGGUCUUCAACACAGAUGAGCAUCUCACAAGAGAAGAAAACUGAUGAAGAGGGUGCAACAAUAGAGAAGAAACAUGAAAAGGAUGAGAUCAGCAUCAUGGAAGCCAUUAUGGACAAUAAUGAGUGGCUAAAUGUUGGAGCACCAGAGCUGAGAGAUCUUCCUUGGCUUGCACCAACUGCAACCGAACAAAAACAGAUGCAACGAGAAAAAGAAGGGCAAGUCAAGACCGGUUCAGCCAAAGAUGAUGAAGAACCAGCUAAUAAGAGAGUAGCGACUGUUCCCCCUUUAUCGCAAACGGUUAACGUAACCUUCAGGAUUCACUACAUCACAUACUCUCCAAGUCAGAUAGUGGCUGUUACCGGGAGCCUGGAGGAAUUGGGAGCCUGGGAGAGAUUUGUUCCACUACACACAGCCAAGGACGGGUUCUGGGCCAACACUAUCAGCCUCCCUGUGGAGAGCCAGGUGAAGUGGAAGUUCGUCCUGGUGGAAGACGGAAGGAUCUCUCGAUGGGAGGAGUGUGGAAACCGACCUCUCUUUUUAACAAGCCAGGAUGAAGACGUCUGUUUUGAGAAGUGCUGGGGAUGUUGUUGAACUCAGAGGUGAAUAUCUUCAAGGGCUGCACCAUCAAUCAAUAUAAAGCUGAAAAUCACGAUACGAUAAGUUUGUCUGUAAAUAAAUAAAGACAGCCGUAAAUAUUAGUAUUAUAACUUUAAGGUUGUAAAAUAAAAUAAAAUCAUUAUUGUUAUAUAAUUUUUCUUAAAGAUUCAAUGUUUUAUGUUAGUGAAAUAUUACAAUAGUUUUGAGCCCUGCAGAUGACAUGCAAAAAUAAAUAAAUAAAUCAUGCACACAAUUUACUAAUUCGUUCCCUUGAUGUACCUAAAUGUGCACGUGAUUACUAUUCCGUUCCCUCGAUUUGCUAAAUUGUGCGAACAAUUUACUAAUUCAUUCUCUUGUAUUAUAAAGUGAGAGAAAAAAUUAGUAAAUCGUGUGCACAAUUUCUAACUCGAGGAAAUUCAUUAGUAAAUCAUUCACACAAUUAUAAAUCGAGGGAACGAAUUAGUAAAUUGUGUGCACAAUUUGUAAAUCGAUGGAUUUAAUUAGUAAAUCAUGCACAUAAUUAUAAAUUGAGGGAAUUAAUUAGUUAAUCGUGUGCACAAUUUGUAAAUCAAGGGAAUUAAUUAGUAAAUCAUGCACACAAUUAGAAAUUGAGGUAAUUAAUUAGUAAAUCGUGUGCACAAUUUGUAAAUCGUGGGAAUUAUUUAGUAAAUCGUGCACACACUUUAGCCUACAAUUUUUUUCCUUGCAUGCCAUGUGCGGGGCUCCUUACAAUACUAAUAUUUCUUUUUUUAUUUUAUUUUUUUGUACAUUUUGGGUUUUUAUUUAAUAAUAAUAUCAAUUAUUAUUAUUAUUAUUAUUAGCUUUAUUAUUUUAUAGUUAUAGUGAUAUAUAAUCAAUAUUGUGCAGCACAUCAAACCUCAAUUUUUAAAUGACAUUUAAAAUAGUUUUCCCCCAAAUCAUGCAGUCCUCUUCUUCCAACUCUAUACAGCAAUAACAAUCCAUAGUGCAUUAUUGAAAUCCAAUAUGUAUGAUUAUAUUGUAAUAUUAUUAAUUGUUACGGAAUUAUUACAUUAAAGCAUGAGGCUGUGGAACUGUUACUAUAGCAAUAAGAUUAUAAUAUUACAAAUAUGCAUUUUUUUAUGUCAAUAAAAGAUGUGUUGAUUAUAUCCAAUUGUACUGAAAGUGUCUGCCCAUAAAACUGUAAUCCUGCAACAGCAAUUUACCAAAAUUGAGAAAAUCCACAAAAAAAGUAUUGUCUUUCAUGUAUAAAGGAAAAUCCUAAUGCUUCCAGAGAUUGAAACAUGUUUUUUUUAAAGCUUUUCUGAAUGGUUUGUGUGUGAACAAUUAUUUUAAUCAAAAAUCUUGCAAGAAUCGCACUGAUUUUUUCAUGAUAUCCCUUAUCUGGAAACAUACUCUAUGCAAGUGUCCCACUCUACAUAUUUUGCAUCCCUGAUUGCAUUAGCAAGCUCAGUUUCCUUCAAAUGUGAUCGAAUGCGACACUGAAAAUACAAAAGCAGCAUUUUACAUUCAUUUCAGUUUGAAUUACUAGUAACUUUAGCGUUCAUGUACUUGCAUAGAGUAUCUUUCAGGCCUGUGACAUGAUUGUCCAAUAGUGAAAUGCUGUGAACUGUAAAUUAACUGCUUGAGUAAUGCAAAACACCCACCAGCCAAAAACACAGUUUGCUUUGUAUGGCAGUUUGGCAUCCUGCUAUUACUCAAUCUAUUAAACGCUGACAUAAAAUCAGCUUAAUCACCCCAAAUCCCAGCCUGUACUGUCCUCAUACAGCCUUUCAUUAACAGCUGCUGUCCCUUUAAUUCUAUUACAUCAUUUAGAAUCAGUAACAAUGACAUCAGCAUUCCUGCUGACGACAUCACUGUAGCUUUGUUUGCAUCACUGUCAACUGCAUGUAGCAGACUCGAAUUAUUUACAGAGAUUUAAUGAUUUUUAGUUUACAUAGCAAUUCAUUAUUGUUUUAUUGUUUCACGAUGAUUGCCUUAAAACUUUUGCUGCUUAAACUUUUGAUUAAACGUUUAUUUGUCUUUUGGCUUUAAUUGUUUUUCUGUGAAAUCCAGGUGUAAAACUGUUUCUGACCUUUAAACAUGUGUUUAACUGUCAAUCAGUAAAUGUCACUCAGCAAAUGGCUUAAUUCAAUAAAAUAAAUUAUUAUAUUGACAA